GAAAUGUCCUCUCGUAGGGUGGUAAUAACGGGUUUAGGUUUAGUUACACCCUUAUCAACUGGUGUAAAGUCAUCAUGGAAAAAAUUAAUCAAUAGUGAAAGUGGUAUAAUAUCUCUAAAAUCAAGUAAUAUUACCAGUAAACCUGGUGUUAAUCAAAAUACCCCUGAAGAAAAAAAGGAGGGGAGAUUUAAUGAGUUAUCAUCGACUGUUGCUGGUACUGUAAAAUCUGGAAAAUACGAUGACGGGGGUUUUGAUCCAAAAGAGUGGUUAGAUCCUGGGGAUGAAAGAAAAAUGGCUUUGUUUACUCAAUACGCAAUUUGCGCAGCAAAACAAGCUCUGAAUGAUGCUGAAUGGACAUCAGUAUCGGAUUUUGAAAAGGGGCGAACUGGUGUGUGCAUAGGAUCAGGAAUCGGGAGUCUUGAAGAUGUUAUCUCAAAUACUAUGGCAUUUGAGAAUUAUGUAG